AUGCUGCGAACCACGACUGCGCUGCAGCGCUUGGACAUCUCAGCAGACCGCGUCUGGGACUCACCGGAAGCAAGCAAGGAGGGUAUGUUCUCGGUCCUGGCUGCGCUGGGGGACAACAAGACGGUGGAGGUCGCGCAUUUCACCGUGUCUCAUCACCUCCUGGACGACCCGAGCGUCAUCAGGGCGUUCGCGGCGCUGCUACGCAGCAACACAGCCUUGAAGGAGCUGCGGCUGAACAGGAGUGACAGCGAGGAGGACGGGCUGAAUGACGUCAUGGUCGACGACCCGGUAGGCCGCGGGGCGGCUGUGCAGGAGUUCUACGAGGCUCUCGGCGCCAACACGUCGCUCGAGACCCUUAAGCUCGAUCCCUCCGAUUGGGGCAUCAACGGCGAGACAUUCGGCACGAGCAUGGCGCGCAACCGCACGCUGCGGCACUUGCAGGUCUGGUGCUGGGACGUCUCCGUCGAGGGCGCGAGGAAGAUGGGAAGAGGCCUGGCCAAAGUGAGGAGCUUUCGGUCCCUGACCAUCUGUCUUGACAACGAAGGGCAGGUCCUGGCCUUGCUGGAUGGGCUUUGGAAGAACAAGGCGUGCAGGAGCCAGAUGCAGCGUCUCCACAUCGGGGCAGAAUCGAAACUAUCCUGCAAGGUCGCGCAGAAGCUCGCGGACGUCCUGGCGCUCGACCAGUGCACGCUCCAGUAUCUUCACGUGAGGGACAACGCCUUUGGGGUCGCCGGCGCACGGGCGCUGUCCGAGGCGCUCAGGACCAACACUUCGCUAGUGUCGCUGGCAGUCGAAUGGAGCGGCCUCACGAAGGACGGCGUGAUGGCGCUGCUGGAUGCGCUGCAAGACAACACCACGCUGCGCAGGCUGGUGUUGGGCUCGAUUUGGGAGAAACACGAGCUGUCCACGUCGAUGAAGGAGGCGGUGGAGCGCGUGCACGCGCACGUGCUGGUCUGA